AUGGCACCCUCUGCUACCGAACAGACCGCGUCAGCGGCCAAGGGACAUGUGCAGGAGGAGCACCGCUCGGGCGACCCGUCGUUGGCGUUUGUGCGUGACGAAGAGUCGCUGCCACCAGUGUUCACAGACAAGUACGAGGAGCGCAAGUUUCUCAAGCACCGGCUGGCGCUGGCGUACCGGAUCUUUGCGCAAAACGGCUUUGCCGACGGCGUGGCCGGACAUAUCACGCUGCGAGACCCUGUGGACCCGACCAGCUUCUGGGUGAAUCCAUUUGGCCUCCACUUUUCCUUGAUCAAGGACGAGGACCUGAUACGGGUCGACCACACGGGCACGGUGGUCGAAGGUGGCAACAACCUGCGGCUCAACUACGAAAUCCACAAUGCACGGCCAGAUGUGCUCUGCGCCGCACACUGCCACAGCAUCUACGGAGGGGCAAUGUGUUCGACGGGACGCACGCUGGACAUGUUAACGCAGGACUUUUGCGUGUUCUACGAGGAUCAUGCGUACUACCCCAACUUUGCCGGCCUAGUUCUGGCGACGGAUGAGGGUCGAGAGAUUGCAGAAUGCCUCGGACCACGCAAGGCGGCGCUCCUGGGAAACCACGGGCUGCUGACAGCGGGCCCGACGAUUGAAGCGACCAUCGGCUGGUUUGUGCUGCUGGAGAAGCUGUGCAAGGUGCAGUUGGCGGCAGACGCGUCGAGCGCAGGCUCAGGGCGGCCGCUGGUGACGAUCGGCGAGGCGGAGAGCCGCAGCACGCAUGCAGCGAUUGGACAUGGCGACGCAGGCUACUUUAUGGGACUACCGCUAUUCCAGGUGGCAGAGCGGGAAUUUGGCGAGCAGACGUAUCUUGGACGAGGGCUGCGGCCGAUCUGA